AUGGCCAGCCCUACGAAACUCGUCUAUCAACAAGAUGGUGAACGCCUGCUUCACGCCUCCAAGAUCCUUUCAAUCAUCCCGGUAUCCGCACUCUCCGCGCCGGAUCAAGCUCUUGUAAAGGAUCCGUCAGAAAUAGAGCAUGCUGUGAUCACGGAUUCUACCGUCUUCUAUGUUCAAGGCGGUGGCCAGCCCUCUGAUACCGGUACCAUGAUGUCUGAUGCAGCCCCCAACAAGGCAAACCCGGUCUUUGAAGUGAAGUCGGUGCGUCAACCAGCCCAAAGUAGCCAGAUCCUCCAUCUAGGCCGUUUUAUCCCCAUUGGAGCUACCGGGUUUAAAGUAGGAGAGGAAGUCCAACAGCACGUCGAUGCCGACAAGCGCAACCUGCACUCUCGCCUUCACACUGCCGGGCAUAUCUUGAGCCUAGCAAUCCACGCCCUAUCUCGCGACGGCGUACUCCCCUCGCUCAAGGAGUCGAAAGCCUCACAUUAUCCAGACUCUGCGGCUGUAGUGUUUGAGGGCAUCAUUGAGGGCAAGCAUAAGGAUAUUAUCCAGGAAAAGACGGACGAGUUCGUGCGAUCAGCCAGCCCAGUGAAGAUCCACUGGUGGCCAAUGGAAGAACUGUUUGAGAAGUGCCAUGGUGUUACCGAGGGGUUUGAGCUGCCUGAGGGAGAGACUAUGGGUAGAGUCGUUGAGAUGGAGGGACUGGGAAGUUAUCCCUGCGGUGGAACGCAUGUUCAGGACUGCAGUUUAGUGGGGAAGAUUGAGGUGAAAAAGAUAUCGCGCUCCAAGGGAGUAAGCAGAGUGUCAUACAGAGUCGCAUAG